AUGCCGGCCAAGACCACCGUACCAUCCGCCCAAGACAUCCUCGUCCCCGAGACGCUCCUCAAGAAGCGCAAGACCAAUGAGAAGGCUCGUGAAGAGCGUGCAGCACAAGCAUCUGCCGUCAAAAAGGAGAGGAAGAGCAAGCGCACCGUCAUCUUCAAACGUGCAGAGCAGUAUGUCAACGAAUAUCAAGCGGCCGAACGCGAGGAGAUCCGCCUCCGACGUCUCGCAAAGUCAAAGGGCGAGUUCUACGUGCCAGCCCAGCCAAAGGUCUACUUUGUCAUCCGCAUGCGAGGUAUCAACGAGAUCGCACCCAAGCCUCGCAAGAUCUUGCAACUCCUCCGUCUGCUCCAGAUCAACAAUGGCGUCUUCAUCAAGGUCAACAAGGCGACCUCUGAGAUGCUCCAACUCGUUGAGCCAUACGUCACCUAUGGCGAGCCCAACCUCAAGUCGAUCCGCGAACUGAUCUACAAGCGAGGCUAUGGCAAGAUCAACAAGCAGCGUAUCCCUCUCAGCGACAAUGCCGUCAUCGAGAAGACCCUCGGCGACAAGGGCAUCAUCUCCAUCGAAGAUCUCAUCCACGAGAUCGCGACCUGCGGGCCAAACUUCAAGCAAGCCUCCAACUUCCUCUGGCCGUUCAAGCUCAACUCGCCCACCGGCGGCUUCCGCGCACGCAAGUUCAGAGCAUUCAUCGAGGGCGGUGACGUCGGCAAGCGAGAUGAUAAGAUCAACGCGCUCAUUCGCCAAAUGAACUAG